UAGACAAGUUAAUGACCGGCGGCUAAUGAAUCAUCCGCUAAUUUACUGAAUAUCGAUGACUACUCGGUGUUACGUUACUUAUCGCAUUACGCCAACACUAGCAACGCUCCUGUUUUCUAUGGGAUUAAUUAUGUAAUGUGUUUUCCCUUUGCGUUGACGACAUUAAGGACAUUUCAUGCCACCGCCGUUGGCUGCUAUUUUUUCUAUUCACCCGAAUGGACGUAAGCAAUGGUGGCCCAUACCGUACUCCUGGACUUCACAGUGUCCAGUAGCGUGAUCGCCGAUAUGGAGAAACGAUCGGGUUUGAAAUCGGCGAUUGCAAACGUACUGGCAGAACAUUUCACUGGUCUCAAGCCACUGACAGAAUCUAACAUCGACGGCAGUUUGCUCAUUUUAUAUACCGGACCCAGGGGCAGUCUAAUCACUGUCAGAGGGUACACGGAGGGUCUGAUUACAUUAAACAUCGAGUAUUACAAGCAGGAUGACCAGGAGGCGCUCUUAACUUUUGAGUUGGCCAAGGAAUUGGAAACGGCGUUGCAGACAGCAGCAACCGCUACACGGUCGCACACGCUUACUCCAAUUAAACGCGGUGGACCCUUUGAGAGAUACUAUCCUACCGCCGACGAGCGACUGCUGGAAUAUGACAUCGACAAGCUCGUGUUCGAGGCUAGAUCACCGUAUCAGAAGGUACAAAUUGUGCACUCCAAAUCGCUAGGAAAUCUGCUGGUACUCGACGAGCUGCAAAACAUGUCCGAGGCAGAUCUCAUAUAUACAGAAACGCUGAUGCAACGAGGGAAAGAAAAUUACGCUGGCAAAGAGAUAGUGAUACUUGGUGGCGGUGACGGCGGCCUAUUAUGGGAAUUGUUGAAAGAAAAACCGAAGUUUGUCACAAUGUUGGAAAUUGAUGAUAUCGUUAUGAAAGCCUGUAGCCAGCACAUGCGGAGUAUAUGUGGCGACUGCCUAGAUAAGAGAAAGGGCGAUAAUUAUGAAAUCAUUGUUGGUGAUUGUGUGAAAGCAUUAGCCCAUAUGAUCGAAGAAGGACGACAAUUUGAUUACGUCUUCGGCGAUCUGACGGAUAUUCCUAUUAGCACAACGCCACAUGGUGAUGCCUGGGAUUUUAUUAGACUAAUUCUCAACUCUUCUAUGAAGGUGUUGAAGUCUACCGGAAAAUAUAUGACUCAUGGAAAUGGUGCGUCUUGUCCAGAAUCUUUGAAAAUGUAUGAAGAAGUCCUAUCGCAAUUGUGUGUACCGGUCACGUUUACCAAAGAUCACGCUUUCGUCCCAUCUUUUUUCGAAGAUUGGAUCUUCUAUCAAGUUUCACUGAAAUGAUGGAGCAGAGAAUAUUCGGGCAGAACCUGCAGGAAUCGGCCUCCUCACAGUCUGCUGCCUGUCUUAUGACCCAAGCUCUACUUCCUAGUUUUAGCCUUAUUAAUUAAUGAAAUUAGUUCCUGAGUGAGACGAAUCAAACUAUUACUAAUUCAUUUCGUAACAUGUUUGAUAUAAUUGUUUUAUCUCGAAAUUUUUUCAAAAAUUUUUUUCAGCGUAUUGGCAACGUUGGAAGAUGAAUUCAAAAACAUAAUAGAUAGUAACAGAGAAAAGAAAAAUAUAUAUCUUUUUAUAAUAUAUAA